CCUCCUUUUCUCUAAUUGAGAUCAUAGUUUUUUAGCUAAACACCACAUAUAUUAAAGGGGCCCUAGAUCCGCCCCUCAUCAUAUUUUACUGGGCAUUUUUUACCAUCCCUCUUGUGAUGUUGCAGUCAGAGUCAGAGGUAGGGCAAACGAUUGUCUCAUUGAUUUCCAAAUGGAAUUGGUUGGAUUGAAGACUUCAAGAUGCAUAGGCCAAGAAAUUUCACUCCAAUGAUUGAUCUAGAUUUUUCAGAGGCUCAAAGCCCUCUUCACUUACCUGAACACAACUGGAUGCUUUAACAUUUGGUAAGAAGUUUGGUAGCUGUAGCCUGUAGCCCUGUAGGCCAUGGAUUUGCAAAUCAUCAUUCAUCAUCUUAAUAUCAGUAUAAUAAUUCUGCCAAUUUGUCCUAAAGUCUGCUUCAGGUUUCUGAUUCAUCCCGUGCAUCGCCAUCUGUCAUGUGGAAUGUUUGCAAAGAGCAAAAUCGUAGAAAUUUUCAACACAGAUCCCUUUCUGGGGCACUGGCAGCCUCAAGAACGAAAGAUGACAUUGAGCUACGGAGGAGAGCAUUCGCUGCCCAUGCGUAGUGCUAUUUCUCUCUCUCUCUCUCUUUUAGCUGUUUCCUGUCCACCUGCGAUUUCUCUUAUAUAUUGCUCUCCUUCUCUUAGUGGAAUGGCAUAGGUCCUGCCUCUUUUUCAGAAAAAAAUCAUUGUAAAAUUACCUUCUCUUUAGGAUAUAUUUUUUUUCGUGAAUACGCAGGAGAGCUGCGUAUCUUUAGGAUAUAUUUUGUUCAUGGCUCUGCCCCAAUUUCCUGGGGAAAAAAAGAGAAUAAGAUAUUUCACUCUAAUGGUUACACUAAUGAUAUAUGGUGAAGCCAGGAAUCCACAGCAAGGGCGGACAUGGUGUGUGGCUAAUUGUUUCUUGAUGAUCUCACUGAAACCCAGAUGCAGUGCGGGCUUAAUUCAUGAUGCCUUUUUGUACCGAUCAGCAAUGCAGAUGCUUAGGGGGACUAUGGAUUCUCUGACCCGCCAGACAAGGUGAGAAGGGGUUCCGAUGGAGCUCUAGACUAGAGAGGAGCCCUCGGAGCUUUGGCGGCGCCCUGAUUCCUCCACCGGGUGCUAGAGGUGCUUGUUCUGAGGAAAACUGAGCAUUGGAUGAUAACACUAUGCUCCAUUGCCUAAAAUAUAUUGUUUCCUGGAAGAGGUCCUCUGGUCUUAUGCUGUUGCUGGCUUCGCAUCACGCUCUGGCAAAUAUACGUCUUAUGAGCAGCAUCAAUCAUUUCGGUCGGUCGUGUACUUGCAAUUGCAGAGUGCCAGGGUCCUUAGCCCCUUCAUGCCAAGAAAUUAUCCGCUGCUUCUCUCAAGUUUAGAUGUGGCAAGGCAAAUGUACCUGUUCGCUGCUGAAAUACCACGUCUCAGUUUGCAUCUGAGCAUUGAAGAGAAAUUUUCUUCAGGUUACAAAAAAUCUUUCCUACAAGUACCAUCUGCCUCACCUCGAUCCAACACAGCAAGAAAAAGGCUGGCAAGAGCCACAAACGCCACUAUGCAUGCCUCACGAGCUCGUGCGAUGCUCCCCCUCCUGUCCGUGUGCGCCGUGGCUCUCCUGCUCUCACCGGCGUCGGCCGAUCCGGCAUUGCUUGACCCAGCCGUCGGCGGCGACAGCUGGCAUGCGGACUCGCCGGCGGAGGCGCCGACGGCCGUGGCAGGUACACUGGGAUGGGCCGAGGACGAGGUCGCCGGCGGGAUCGCGGUGGCGCCGGGGAGGCGGGCGUUCAGGCCUCGCCACCAGCCUUCCGCGCUCAGCCCUGAGCAGAGGCGGGACCUGGAGCACGAGUCUCGCUGCGGCCCCCGCGUGCCCGUGCGAGGGGGCGUCUUCCCGUGGUCCGGGCGCAAGCCACGCUGCCGUGGCGGCGGCGACGGCGGUGCCGCCACCGCGCCGGCCGUGCACCACCUGCAGCCUCUGAUCGACGCACCGUAGCAGCAGCCAUGCUGCACCAUUCUGAGUCAGAAUGGUGCAUACUCACGCACGUACAAAGACAAGAUCGAAGGAGUAUAAUAAAGGCUUUCAAAACUUUUUCCGAAUUGGCAGUUGUCAUCAAAAACCAAUGUUCAUUCAGCAACAGUAUACACGUUCAUCAGUAGAUUUUUCGUGUUAAGAUUCUUGUAGUGUUGCACCUCAAAAUAAAUAUUUGGA